AUGGCGUCUUACGUUAUGGAUAUGUUAUAUUCGUUGAGCAGUUGUAUGGUGUGUUUCCCGGGCUCGCCGCAGUUGAAGAUCAACAACAGAAGCUUUAAGAUCCUCCGAUUACUAGGCGAGGGCGGAUUCUCCUACGUAUACCUCGUACAAGAUACCGGCAACCAGAAACUGUUCGCGCUCAAGAAAAUCCGAUGCCCCUUCGGCGAAGAGUCCGUCAGCCGAGCACUGAAAGAAGUCGAGGCGUAUGCGCUCUUUACUCCCCACCCGAACAUCAUCUACUCCAUCGACCACACCGUCAUUGCAGACAGGUCCGACCCCGGCGCAAAGACCGUGUAUAUAUUACUUCCGUAUUAUCGAAGGGGGAAUCUUCAGGACCUAAUCAACGCGAACCUCGUCAACCAUACCCGGUUUCCUGAGAAGCAGCUCAUGGAGCUCUUCCUUGGCGUCUGCUAUGCGCUCAAAACAAUGCAUCAAUAUCGAGUGCAAGGUGGCCCCGGCGGCCAGAAGAGCCAGGGCAAGGCAAGACGGGUAAGGGAGGAGGCAGCGCGGGCUGACGCAAGUGCGGCGGCAGAUGCCAGGGGGAAGGGCAGGGCCGUGGACCGGGAUGGGGACGACGAUGACGUGGAGCAGCAGCCAUUGAUGGAGGACGAAGUCACGCGGAGCCAAGAGGGGGUCGCACCCGGAGAACAGAGGGCGUAUGCACAUAGGGACAUCAAGCCAGGCAACGUUAUGAUCGACGAUGAUGGCAAAACGCCUAUCCUGAUGGACCUAGGCUCACUCUCUCCUACCCCAACCUCCAUUACCUCCCGCUCCCUUGCCAUCGCCGUCCAAGACACCGCCGCCGAACACAGCACGAUGCCUUACCGCGCUCCUGAGCUGUUCGACGUCAAGACCGGCAGCACCAUUGAUGCCAAAGUCGACAUUUGGUCACUCGGGUGUACGUUAUACGCCUGCCUUGUCGGCAAAUCACCAUUUGAGGCACGAUCGGAGGAGACAGGGGGCAGCCUCAGCCUGUGUGUCUUGGGAGGCGACUGGAGAUUUCCGGACGAAGGCCUUCAAAAAGGCAAGCAGAAGGCGGCCGCAGAAGAGUUGACGAUCAGUGAACCGGUUAAAGAGGUUGUCCGACGGUGUUUGAAGGUCGAACCAAGCGAGCGGCCAGACAUUGAUGAGCUGAUCACUUUGGUGGAGCAUGUGAUGGACGACUUGCCAGAUGAUAGGGGGGAUUAA